ACAAUCUUCACGACACAGGCAACAUGUCGACGCAACCACGACUGUGCAGAGAAAUAGUGCUGGAGCACUUUGGUCCCAUCGUGGAGCAAGUGGCACAAGUCCUGUUAACGAAGGGUAGACUGACACUGUCUGGCAUAGUGCAAUUCACCCAAAUGCCUGUCAGGACCGUUCGAGAAGCCUUAGUAGUCAUGAUACAACACAAUAUCUGCUUCUAUGCCGAGGCAAGGGAAGGUUUACGCCAAGUUUGCUUUUACAGCAUUGGACAGGACGAGAUUCUUCUACGACUACGAAUUGGUCGCAUUAUAUAUUGGGCUGGCGAAUGGUUCGGAAAGGAGGCGUCAACCAUUACACACCUCAUGCUAUUGAAUGGACGUCUGACACUCAAAGAUUUAAAACAGUGGGUGACGGAUAACGAGUCUUCACCUCAACAGAAAAUCGUCGUUUAUGAACAAAAGUUUUCACAGCUUGCAUCAAAGCGAUUUAUUACUGCUGUCAUGCCUGAGGAUAGUAAAGCACGAAUUGAUCGACAGUUGGAAGCAGAGGCUAGAGCUGUCAAUGAAAUCUUGCUUGGACCCAGUACGCGCGAGAAGGCUGAGAUCGAGGUCAAAGUUCAACAGCAACUAGAGGAUGAGGAUCAAUCACGACAAAUGAUCGGAAUGAAACGAAAAGUUACUGAAAACAUGGAUGAUGAUGUAUCAGCAAGCAAGCGUUUCGCGUUUACUGUUGAGAUGGACGUUGAGGAUGAUGUAUUCUUCAGAAUCAACUAUAAGCAAUUCACAAAAUACUUUCGCAACGAGGCUGUUAUCGACCAAGCUACUGAUGUUAUCAACCGAGGUGCAGGACAAGUUCUUCGUUUGUUUUUGGAACAAAGUGAUAGCUUCACUGGUGGCAUUGGCAAAGAAGAAUCGCAGCCAACAUCUGCAUUACAUGUGGCGUCAGUUUUACCCCACGACAUGCUUACUGAUAGCGGUCUGGACUCACGCGAGGACUCUGUACAUAAUGACCGUCCCACUGCCGCAGACAUAGUUACAGAAUACUUUGAAUUGCUUAGACAAUCUCCAGCCCGGUUUAUCAAGCGAGCAGACAACAAAGGUCAUAAUUUCUUUGUUGUGGACUUCAAAAAUAUACGUUUAUACAUGAUGAGGAAGCUUUUCGACAAACUCUUAAAAUCAAGAUUUGGAAAUUCCACCUGUCGUAUUGCCCGCAUCUUGAUCGAAAAGGGGAAACUUGAAGAGAAACAGGUGCAAAAGAUGGCCAUGUUACCAGCAAAGGACACCCGAGAAAAGUUGGCAUUGCUUUGUACGCAUGGUAUUUGUGAUAUCCAAGAAGUUCCCAAAUCAGCUGAUAGAGCACCAUCAAGAACCAUUUUUCUUUGGUUUGUUUCUCUUGACAAAUGCUAUCAAGAACUAUUGAUUGAUUUAUACCGGUCAAUUGCCAAUGUCAGACAAAGAAUCCGUGUUGAACUGGCAACUCGACAACGACUAUUAGAGAAGAUGGAACGAAAGGAUGUCAGCGAAAACCAAGAUUUGCUUAGCGCUGGUGACAAGAAGGCUAUAGAGGAACUCAACAAGAAGGUUGAAAGACUCGAAGUAUCUGCAGGAAGACUAGAUGAAAUGGUUAUGGUGUAUAGAGAUUUUUAAUGAUUUUAUAACCGAGCUCUCUAUCCCAAAAAAAAAUAAAAAAAAAUUUACCAUAGUAUAAAAA